AUGCUCCAGGGUGAGGUCACAGAGGAUCACAUGACCUGGAUAAAACCCUUCUUUAAACCAUCAGAUGAGGACAGGAGGAACAAGGGGCCACACACAGAAAACCUGCUCGACAAAUUCCUCAUUGCCAACGCAUCUCAGGCGGAGAGCAAGGUGUUCUACCUCAAAAUGAAAGGAGACUACUUCAGAUACCUGUCAGAGGUGGCCUCCGGGGACUCGAAGAAGGACACGGUGGAGAACUCUCAGCAGGCCUACCAGGACGCCUUCGACAUCAGCAAGAAGGACAUGCAGCCCACACACCCCAUCCGGCUGGGCCUGGCCCUCAACUUCUCCGUCUUCUUCUACGAAAUCCUCAACUCGCCCGAGCAGGCCUGCUCUCUGGCCAAGCAGGCUUUCGACGAGGCCAUCGCCGAGCUCGACACCUUGAACGAGGACUCAUACAAAGACAGCACGCUGAUCAUGCAGCUACUAAGGGACAACCUUACU